GUGUGAACGUGUGUAGGAGGUGCUCAGAGCGUAGCCAUGGGCAGUUCAGUGAGGAAGGGGAAAGUGGUUCGCCAGACCGGAGGACACCCGCCUGCUGCCACAGCCAGUCGACGGCAGCAGGAGAGGAACGGGAAUAAUACCAGGCGCUCCGCAGUAACAGAAGAUUAUUACCAUACUCCUCAGAAGACAGCUGAAACCUGUUGCUCAGAGUCCCGGAUAAUUUAUGGCUCAGAGAAAAACAGUAACGCCACAGCCAGAGACUUGGAAGUAACGAUCCAGACACUCAUAGAUAAUAACAAUGUUAUGAUCUUCAGCCGUUCAACUUGCAAACGCUGUUCUAAGGUGAAGGAUCUGUUCAAAUCCAUGAAUAUUCCCUACUGUUCUCUUGAACUUGACCAAACAGAAGAUGGGCAGCGGCUGGAAGUAGUGCUCCUUGAACUGGCCAUGGAGCGCUCGGUGCCCGUCGUGUAUGCUCGGCAGACCAAAGUAGGCGGCUACGAGAGAACUGUCAAGGUGCAUCGGGAAAUAGGAUUUCUUAAGCUCCUUGAAGUGAAUGGACAAGUAGAGGAGCCUUCAUAUGACUACGAUCUGAUUGUCAUUGGCGGGGGUUCAGGUGGACUUGCAGCUUCCAAGGAAGCUGCCAAACUUGGGAAGAAGGUCUUGGUGCUGGAUUUUGUUGUCCCUACACCUUUGGGAACGAGAUGGGGUCUUGGAGGAACAUGUGUAAAUGUAGGCUGCAUCCCUAAAAAGCUGAUGCAUCAGACAGCUUUGCUUGGACAAGCCAUAAAAGAUGCACCGAAGUUUGGAUGGCAGUUGGAUGAGAAAGUAAAUCACAGCUGGGAUACCAUGACGGAAGCGGUUCAAAACUACAUUGGCUCUCUGAACUGGGGCUACAGAGUGUCUCUUCGAGAGAAUAAUGUCACGUACGAGAAUGCUUAUGGAGAAUUCGUUGGGCCACACAAAAUUAAGGCAACGAACAACAAAGGAGUAGAGAAAUUCUACACUGCAGAGAGAUUUCUGAUUGCCACUGGUGAAAGGCCUCGUUAUCUGGGCAUCCCUGGAGACAAAGAAUAUUGCAUCACCAGUGAUGACCUCUUCUCCCUGGCUUAUUGUCCAGGAAAGACGUUGGUGGUUGGAGCUUCCUAUGUUGCCCUUGAGUGUGCAGGAUUUCUUGCGGGUCUGGGUUUAGAUGUGACUGUGAUGGUGCGUUCCAUUCUCCUAAGAGGUUUUGAUCAGGAUAUGGCCAACCAGAUAGGGCAACACAUGGAAGAACAUGGUGUCAAGUUCAUUAGAAGAUAUGUGCCCACGAAGGUUGAACAGAUCAAGGAAGGGUAUCCUGGGUUACUGAAAGUCACUGCUCAUUCUGCAGAGAACUCUGAAGUAAUUGAGGGUGAAUACAACACAGUAUUGCUUGCUAUAGGAAGGGAUGCAUGCACAAGAAAAAUCGGCUUGGAGGAAGUUGGAGUGAAGAUCAAUGAGAAAACAGGAAAAAUCCCUGUCAAUGAUGGGGAGCAAACAAAUGUGCCUUACAUUUAUGCCAUUGGAGAUGUGUUGGAAGGCAAAAUGGAACUGACGCCAGUGGCAAUUCAUGCAGGGAGGCUCUUGGUACGGAGGCUUUACGGUGGAUCACGCAUAAAGUGUGACUAUGUGAAUGUUCCCACCACAGUCUUCACACCUCUGGAAUAUGGAGCUUGUGGCUAUUCCGAAGAAAAAGCCAUAGAGAAAUUUGGGGAGGACAAUAUUGAGGUUUACCACAGUUAUUUCUGGCCACUGGAAUGGACUGUCCCAUCCCGGGACAACAACAAAUGUUAUGCAAAAGUCAUUUGCCAUAUUCGAGAUAAGGAUCGCAUUGUUGGUUUUCAUGUGCUUGGACCAAAUGCUGGAGAAAUUACCCAAGGAUUUGCGGCUGCCAUAAAAUGUGGAAUUACAAAAGAACAAUUGGACAGCACGAUAGGAAUUCAUCCAGUCUGUGCAGAGAUAUUCACCACAUUGUCAGUGACGAAGCGUUCAGGGGGAGACAUCCUACAAUCGGGAUGCUGAGGUUAAGCCCACCCACUGUUGUGCUGUUGCUAAAGACUAGCUUUCAUCACCAUUGCUGAGCAGAAGGAAGGAGCCAGAAGCAAAAUCAAUAACUUCCACAAACACGUGUGCUCCUUACUGAUCUACCCCCAUGAGUGGAGCAAGCGAAGAAUAUUGGGAACGGCUAAGUUACUGGUGGUGACUGAAUAGCAACAGAUGCGACGGUGGGAUGUAUGCCCAUCAAGUUGUUGCUUGGCAAGGCAUGUUCAAGAUGCUUCCAUGAAGUCGCAGUCUAAAACCAGUUUUUUCUGGUAGGCAGUGAUGGAAAGAUUGCUGGCACAGCUUAAGACAACUCUUUUCUUCCUUCGGGAUGAAGAGCUUCCUCACUCUGUUCUAUUGUUCAAUUCUUCACACUGUUAUGAUUCUCCAAAAGCCACAAAAUGUAGCAGGAUAUCUGUGAUACCUUUUUCUGUGAAGGUCACAUGCUAUCUCUCCAAAGCAACCAAACCUAUGAAGGAGCAACUUGUGUUUUUACAGAUGGUUUUCGGAAGCAAUAUACUUUUACUUUCCUGUUGAUGUGUUUUCCCAGAACAGCAAAUGAGCUGUAUGUAAGAGGAUAAAUACACUCAUCACCAUUACUCAUUUUAGGAACUGCAUCCUGCAUCUGUGAUGUUGGCAACAUGCAGUUACCCCCUCAAGUGGAAUGUGUUUCCCCUCCAUACAGCUAACCUUGUGUGAAUUAUUUAUAACAGAUCAUGAAAAAGAAUAUUCUGAGAUGCUAUGUCAAUGUUUUCUUGAAUACUCUUUUCCCUCACCCCUUCCUAGUUCAUAUACUUUCUCUGUACUUAAUGAAAACAAAAGUAAAAACAUUUUUGGUGUAUUGGAAA